AUGAAAAUACCUGCCAAUUUAUCGCUCGAUACGCAAGUGCUUCUCCUUCAAAGCAACCUAAUCUCUCACACGAACGGAGAACUGGAAGCGUUGGGGAACUUGACCGAGCUGGACUUUUCUCAGAACAACUUCAGCACGGUGGAAGCAGUGGGACUCCGGAGAAUGGACCACUUGACGACAUUGCAUUUGGAAGAAAACCAGAUCACAGAGUUGCCUGAUUACUGCUUGAAAAACCUCUCAAACCUUCAAGAACUGUACAUCAACCACAAUAAGAUCAACUCCAUCUCCGCACACGCUUUUGGAGGUCUUCACAACUUGCUAAGGCUUCAUCUAAACUCAAACAAGCUGCAUGUGAUCGAUAGCAGCUGGUUUGAAGAGACGCCCAACUUAGAAAUACUUAUGAUUGGUGAAAACCCCGUGGUUGGGCUUUUGGACAUGAAUUUUAAACCACUCGCAAGUCUUCGAAGUCUUGUCUUGGCUGGUAUGGAUCUAACAGACGUCCCAGCCGAUGCGUUUAUUGGCUUAGACACACUUGAAAGCAUUUCUUUUUACGACAAUAAACUUGUUUGCAUCCCACAACUCGCUCUCCAGAAAGUCCCCAAUCUAAAGUUUUUGGAUUUGAACAAAAAUCCCGUCCAGAAACUGCAAGAAGGAGAUUUCCGUAACAUGUUGCAUCUGAAAGAACUGAGCAUCAACAACAUGAUGGAGCUGGUGUCUAUUGACCGCUUCGCUUUGGAUAACCUUCCAGAAUUCACCAAACUGGAGGCCACCAACAACCCGAAGCUGUCGUACGUACACAAGCAAGCGUUUCGAGAUUUACCGGCUUUAGAGAGCUUGAUGCUAAACCACAAUGCAAUGACCGCGCUGUACCAGAGUAGCGUUGAAGCAUUACCAAAUUUGCGAGAAGUUAGCAUACAUAGCAACCCACUGAGGUGCGACUGCGUGAUUCAGUGGAUGAGUUCAAACCGCACGAUUGUGAGAUUCAUGGAGCCUGCGUCUAUGCUCUGCUUCUCCCCACCUGAGCUUAAAGGACAGAAAGUGCGAGAAUUGAAGUUAGUCGAAUCUGCCGAGCAAUGUUUACCGCUAAUUUCUCACGAGACGUUUCCAAGCCAUUUGAAUCUGGAGAUAGGCAUGAGUGUGAGCUUGGACUGCCGUGCUAUGGGCAAACCAGAACCAGAAAUCUACUGGGUAACCCCUUUAGGAAACAAAAUAACGCAAGACGUCGAUUCAGACCGCUACCGUUUGAGCAACGAGGGGACUCUACACCUUUCGCACGUUCAGGUGGAAGACUCUGGGAGGUACACGUGCGUGGCACAGAACACGGAAGGCGCAGACACCAAGGUGACGACCGUGCGAGUCAACGGCACGCUAAUAGAAAGUGCGCAAGUUAUGAAGAUAUACGUGAAGCAGACCGAGCCGCAUUCAAUUCUAGUUUCUUGGAAGGUCAACUCGAACGUGAUGACGUCAAAUCUCAAAUGGGCAUCUGCGACUAUGAAAAUUGACAACCCGCAUAUUACAUACACCGCGCGUGUUCCGGUAGACGUCCAUGAAUACAAUUUAACGCAUCUCCAACCCGCUACCGAAUACGAGGUCUGUCUCACCGUGUCGAAUAUCCACUUGCAAACACACAAAAGUUGCGUGAACGUAACCACGAGGAGCCCAACUUUCUCUCUCGACAUUUCCGAUCAGCACCCUAGCGUCGCUGUGCUAGCUGUGAUGGUAACUGCGCUAGCGUUCAUUAGCCUAGCCACGGUGGCGGUUUACACAGCCAAGAAAUGGAGACGGAAAAACUACCACCACUCGCUGAAGAAGUACAUGCUCAAAACUUCGUCGAUCCCCUUGAAUGAGCUGUACCCGCCGCUUAUCAACUUGUGGGAUGCGGACCCCGAGAAAGAGGUCACGGAAGGGAAGCCCUCUCCGGUCGAUACCACGCGUAGCUACUACAUGUGGUAA